AUGAAAAUAUUGCUGUUCAUAAAGGUAACCUUAGCACUAUUAAUUCUUCAGAGGAAUAUAUCAAGCAUGUUUGGAUUUUUUAAAAAAAUUACCAUCUCAAAGGGCGAUUUACGACCUACUCUUUAUGAUUAUGAUGUAAAAUCUUUAGAUGGGAAAACCAUAUCAAUGUCCACAUAUAAAAAUAAGGUUUUAGUUAUUUUCAACUCUGCAUCAAAAUGUGGUUUAACGAGUAGUCAGAUUGAACAGUUUAACCAGUUAUAUGAACGGCUACAAGCAAAGGGAUUGGAGCUCCUUGCAUUUCCAACGUACCAAUUUCUAAAUCAGGAAUACCAAAACGUAUGUGAUAUACGCGCAUUUAACGAAAAAAAAAAUGUUAAGUAUAGUACCUUUGCUCCUGUUGAAGUGAAUGGCGAAAAUACAAAUGACUUGUUUAAGUUUCUGAAGGCCAACUGUGAAUCGAUGCAUGAUAAGAAUGGCAAGCUAGAAAAUAUCGGGUGGAAUUUUGGAAAAUUUUUAGUUGAUAGAAAGGGAAAUGUUGUCAAGUACUUUUCACCGAGGACAAGCCCAUUAGAUAUGGAAAAAUUUAUUGUCGAGUUAUUAUAA